AAUUUGCUAUGCUAAAAUUGGUAGGAUUUUAGUCACACGUCCCAACACAAACCUAAAAACAAACCAUGUGGUAGAUGUAGGUACAUAGCUAUAUAAACAAGAAGAUACAAUAGCAACAAGUCUACAGACAGCUGCUGGGAGGAUGCUGAUUGUGAGGUAUCUCUGUAAACAGUGACUUUCUAUGUCCUAAAAAUGACUUAAGUGAUUUUAUAUAGGUAAUAUCAGUUCCUAGUGGAAGUUUGUGAUUGUGUUUUCGCUCAAAAAUGGAUGAGUCUGGGAUUGAUAUGGGAUUCGAUCUCGCCUCACUUUUGACGAACGACUACGGCGGUGAUCAAAAGAUAUUGGAGGAGAUGACUGCGGCGCAGCAGCAACAGGAUUUUAUGUUCUACGAACUUAAGUCGAAAGCUGUGCCGAUCACAGAAAGCCCGCCGACAUUUAAGACGCUAACGCCGACGUCGCGCACACACCUGAAGCAGCAGUUGAUGCGCGAACAUGCGCAGGAGCAGCGCCGCAGGGAAUCUUUACAGGCACAGCAAGCGGGCCAGUCCAAGGACAAUGUGGACGAGAAGAAGAAGUCAAUACCGGCGGACGUGCCGCGGGUCGUGCCUCACGUUGAGCUGCCGCCACAGGUUUUGCAGGUGCGGACAGUUCUGGAGAACCCCACCCGGUAUCACGUGAUCCAGAAACAAAAGAGCCAGGUGCGGCAGUAUCUCAGUGAAUCCUUCCAGCCCAACACACAGGUGUCGUUGGCCCCGCGAGGCGCACCGGUACAGUCGGCGCCAGAAUUGGGCGCUAAACCACCGCCAUCACCCGACCAUGGUUCCUCAUCCAGCCUGCUCAGUCCUGGACUCUGUUCCGUGGGCACCACCAACUCCGAAGCUGAUGAGUUCCUAGAAGACAUCCUAUCACUAGACAGCGGGGCAGGUCCCCUGUCUUCAUCAGGACCACCUUCAGCCGCCAGUUCGAUCGCUGGUGACUGUGGGCUGCUGUCAGAUGCUGAUAUGCACGCAUUGGCUAAAGAUCGGCAGAAGAAAGACAACCAUAACAUGAGAACAUCUUCAGCCACCAGUUCGCUAGCUGGUGACUGCGCGCUGCUGUUAGAUGCUGACAUGCACGCACUGGUCAAGGAUCGGCAGAAGAAAGACAACCAUAAUAUAAUCGAACGCCGACGUCGCUUCAACAUCAACGACCGCAUCAAGGAGCUCGGGACGCUCCUCCCCAAGACUAACGACCCCUUCUACGAGGUCAUCCGCGACGUGCGCCCUAACAAGGGUACCAUCCUCAAGUCCAGUGUGGACUACAUCAAGUGUCUGAGGGACGAGGUCAACCGGCUCAAGCAGAGCGAGCAGCGGAGGAAGCAAAUCGAGCUACAUAACAGGAAACUCACGCUAAGGAUACAGGAAUUAGAGCGUAUAGCACGAUUACACGGUCUACCGCUGACUGCAGCCGAAAACGGGGCCUCACCCUCGCCGGCCGAAGAAACUCCACCACCUCCAGCACCGGAGGUGGUGCUCCCUAAACAGGAACCGUCACCGUUCAUGGAGCUGGGCUCACCCCCGCACGGGGGCGGGGGCGGGGGAGGAGGGGGCGGGGAGCGCCCCGACCUGCUGCGCGACAUGCCCGGGCCCGGGCCCGCCGACUGCCUCUCCGUACCCGACGCUUUAGAUGGUCUAAAGCUGGGUUCGUGUUCACCACUAAGAGGAGAGGAAGGCCUGUCUCUUGGCUGCUUGGAACCUGAUUUGUGUUUAGAACCGGAGCCCGACCACUUCCUCAACCACAAACACAUAAAGAUGAGGAUGUCUCCGUCGCCCGGGCUGCUGGGCGACGGCGACGACGCCGUGCUCAACCUCGCGCAGAUCGAGGACCUCAUGGACGACGACUCGCACAACCCCGUCACUACAGGAGACCCAAUGUUAUGCUCGUCGCCAACAUCACAGCUAUGCAGCCUAGCUGACGUAGUAGGCGACGCGACGGAGCGAAGUAUCGCCAACAUGCUACAUGAAGCAGCACAAUAUUCUCCUCACAGCGCAGGCACGUCUGGUCUAAUGGGCGACGGGGCCAUAAGUCUAACCGGGCUCCCGGGGCUGGGCGAGGGCUGCCAGGGCUGCCUGCCCGCGCUGCUGCUCGGCGGCCCGCACCACCACGCGCCGCACUCGCCGCACAGCCACCCGCGCAACCACUGCUUCGACAUGGACCUGGGGGCUUAGCCCCGCCCCGGGACUGUAGCUCCCGGUCGAGGUAUCCAUCUGGUUCAUUGAUCUCUUAAAGCACCGAUCCGGCUCGAGGAAACGCCAAUACCGGUCCAUACCGAUGAUCCGUUUCGAAUACCUGCGGCCUGAUACACCAGUGAUGCUCGAAGGACCAAGGAGGAAGGAAAUUCGGCUCCGAGGACCAAAGAUCUGGUUCGAAGCACCACUGAUUCAGAUCUGAAGACCGCUAAUCCGGUUCGAAGGACAUUGAUCGAGUUCAAAGGCUCCCCUGAUCCGGCUCGGCUUAUCACUGCUCCUGUUCGAAAAACCACUAAUCCGACUCAAAGGACCACUGAUCCUGUUCAAAAAACCACUAAUCUGGCUCAAAGAACCACUGAUCCUGUUCGAAAAACCACUAAUCCGGCUCGAAGGACCACUGAUCCUAUUUGAAAAAACACUAAUCCGGCUCGAAGGACCACUGAUCCGGUUCAAAGAAUCACUAUUCCGAUCCGAACGAGCAGUUGUUUAUUGUAAGUGCUUGAAGACGCAAAUGAUAAAAUUACUCCUGAAUGUGCUAGUGAGAGACCUUAGACUCUUGAAGGGUUAUCACUUAUCAUGAAUUUGACAGUGAGAUUAUGUCAGUUUACAGAGAUGUCUGACAAUAAUGAACUACAGGUUUAAACUAAUAAUUAGGAGAAUCGAACUUAAGUUUUGUAGAUUGGUUUUACAUCAACGCCCGUCUUGGUAGUUUUUAAUUUCGUACCAGUAUUUUUGGAGAUUAUUUUACUCUUCCAUAUAAAUGGCGUUGCUUCCUUCGAAUUGACUUUUCUGCUAAAUAGUGUUCAAGUAAUGUUCUUAAAAUAAUCUAGUUAUAAUGUGUUCAUUAUUUGACUAUCGGCACGAUUGGUAAGAGUAGAAUAUUUUUGAUUGUUUUUAAUGUAUGCCAUUUAUGGAUUUUACUAAAUUACAUUUAAAAUAUAAUUUGUAGACGAUUUGAGUCCCAGUUAAUUUUAGAGAAACCAAAGAGACCAUUAACAUUUGGGUAGAAAAGAAAACAUUUUUUAUAAAAAAUGUUACUCCACUAAAAAUAGUUAUUUUAUAUUAGUAAAAUCCUUCCUAAGUAGCUUAGAUAUUUAAGCGUUAUAGUGAUCGUGAUACAUUAGUUACCAGCUCAUUUUAUUGUUUAAAAAUCUAUAUUAUUAGAAUAUUUUGUUUGGCUGGAUACAGUUUUCAUACUUUUAAAUUAAUUACUUAAAUAGAUUAGAAAAAUGCUUGCUAUUAAUACAUAUAUUUGAUGUUUUAAACAUUGCGUAUAUAUUAUAUUAUAUGCUAGAAAAUUCCGUUUACGAAGUAUUAUAAAAAUUUUGACAAUACUAUAUAUUUUUUAAAUAAUCAUAUCUUAAUAUGGUGCUCUUUUGAAGAUAACAUAUAUGAUAAUACUAUAUAUAUAAUUAAACAAUAUCAAUACACUGGGAUAUUAUUAAACUGACGGACCACAAUAUUUUAUACAGAAAAAAUGUGAUACAUAAUAUUUUUAGAUAAUUAAUCAAUAAAAUAAUAAAAAAAUAUUUUUGUACAUAGACUAUUUCAACAUCUUUAAUGAGUAUGAAACAAAGUGCCUUGAUAGUAGUAUUUAUGAAGUUUUUGAGUUCGUGUAAAUAAAAUUAUUAGAAUUGUUGGAAACACUGGUUUUGUAGAUCACAUGUUAUUUAUUAAGUUUUAUUUUGUGAUGAUUUUAAUUGUUAAUUGUUACUGUUUGAAACCUAUGCAGUAUAUAACAACGUUUGUCGAACAAAGAUUUAGUAGGUAUUUUAAAAAGUGAAUUGAUACAAUUCGGUACGACUUUUCUUUAUUUUCAUACAAAGAUAGAUAUAACUCCGUAAUAGAUGGAUACAGUCUAAGUAAAAAACGUGCCUCGAAAAUCAAGAAAAUUUGAUUUUCGUUAAGAGGGCGCUACUAGCUUUGGCUUACUGUCGUAUAGAUGGCGUUGACGGUUUCGUUUGUUAUUUAACAGUUUAAACGCAUAUCAGUGAAAGAACAUGGGUCAAAAUCAUAAAAAUAAUUAAUGCAAAUAAAAAAAACAUUUAUCCAUAUUUAAAUACAUUAUAUCGUAUUUUUAUAAAUCUUCAUUUUUAGUUUUAAAGUGUGUCGACAGAUGGCAGUGAAUUUACUGGGGUUACAAAAUUUACUAUGACAGUACCGCUCUAGUAUAAGUUACUCUAUGUUUUCAUACAAAGAUGACACAACUUGUGUAUCACUGGCACUCUGGUACUGAAUACAAAAUUUUGAUUGGAACUAUACUAUAAUAGUAAUAGCUAAAUGAAGGAAAUUAAUGAACUAGUUACCUAAACUUAACCAACUUUUGAUGGCCGUAGGUACUAGAUUUAGUAUUAUCAAGUUUUUCUAUAAAUUAUUGUACUGAAAUAUGAUAUUGCGGAUUAGGAAAGUUAAGAAAGUUUGUUAAAUCAUUAUUGAGAAUGGAGAACUUUUGAAUUUUGAAAAUUUGAAUUGUAUUCCGCAUAGGAAAAAAAUAAUAUAUGUUUGCCUACGGGAAGUGCAUAUGUAUAAAUAUGUAUCAUGAACUUUUAUUGAACUUUGAGCGCUCUAAAUUCUAUAUAUAGAAUUAUGUGAAGUAAUUUUGUGAGGUAGGUGUAAUCGCUCGGAACUAAAUGAAUAAAAUAAAUACUGUUUAUUUAUUUAUUAUAUUCAUUUCACAGCCCGUCUAGUGUGAAAUGAGCUAAAGUAGAACCUCGAUUAUCCGGACUAAGUGGGACCGAGAUUAAUUCGGUUAAUCAAAUGUUCGAAUACCCGCUUGUGGAUUUUUUGGGACUGAAUCAAACAAAAACAACACAUUUUUACAUAAAAACUGUACAGUACAUUCAAUUAUAAGUUUUGAAGUUUUAUUUAUAUACUUACAUGUCGUGCAAAGAUAGAUAUAACUCCGUAAUAGAUGGAUACAGUCUAAGGAAAAAACGUGCCUCGAAAAUCAAGAAAAUUUGAUUCUCGUUCAGAGGGCGCUACUAGUUUUGGCCUACAGUCGUAUAGAUGGCGUUGACGGUUUCGUUUGUUAUUUAACAAUUUUAACGCAUAUCAGUGAAAGAACAUGGGUCAAAAUCAUAAAAAUAAUUAAUGCAAAUAAAAAAAAUCAUUUAUCUAUAUUUAAAUACAUUCUAUCGUAUUUUUAUAAAUCUUCAUUUUUAGUUUUAAAGUGUGUCGACAGAUGGCAGUGAAUUUACUGGGGUUACAAAAUUUACUAUGACAGUACCGCUCUAGUAUAAGUUACUCUAUGAUGUCGUGCAAUAAGAAACGUUGGUGCCAGUUUGCGCUCAAAAUAAUGUAAGCAAUAUAAGGUAUAACAGUUUUAAAUGCCUUGACUUAGUAAAAUAUGAAAUAAAUUAAUGGGUCAUAAUUCUUUUCGUUGUCUUGUUUCUGACCACUGUCACGGUUCUAUUUCUGUUUUUUUUAUCAAAUAAUUAAAAAAAGUUAAGUUCUAUUGCACGUCUUUCAAACUGUAGAUUAUAAUUCUCUUGACAAUUAAAAAAACAAAAUUCCACCCCAUACACAAAGCUCCAUUCCGUCACAUUUCUUGGGGACAAAAAAACAAGACAACGAAAAGCAUUUUGACCCAAAUACUAGCCUUUGAGUUCUGUGAAAUUAACAUUAAAAUCACCCUAAUAUUUGAAUUAAAUUUUAAAUAGAACAAAGUGAGGUGGUGUCAUUAAUAAACGUGAUAUUUUUAUAGAAAUUUGAUAUUCAUUAUGACAUGGCCACACUGUCAUUCCUAAUGCCAUGCAGAGAUAGCUUGGAGCUACUCUAGAAAUUGUAUUUAUAUAUUAAUACAAUACACACAUAUAGUAUACAUAUAUAGUUUCACGACCUGUGUGGCCUAGUGGCUAGUGUCCCUAUGAAGCGGAUGGUCCCGGGUUCGAAUCCCGGUAAGGGCAUUUAUUUGUGUGAAGACAUAGAUAUUUGUUCCUGGGUCAUGGUUGUUUUCUAUGUAUUUAUAUAUUAUAUAUAUCGUUGUCUGAGUACCCACAACACAAGCCUUCUUGAGCUUAUCGUGGGGAUUCGUCAAUUUGUGUAAAAAUGUCAUAUAAUAUUUAUUUAUUUAUGUGGUAUCAAAACAAGCAGACAAAAAAUGAGCAACUACAAUUAGCAAUCACAUGACUUUUUAUGGUCUACCUAAAGCUUUAUUAUUAGAUUGUAAAUAAUGAAAUAAAACUAUGAAAACGGAUUAUAUCGCGUAGGUAUAUUACGCAACGUUCAACGUUAUUAUACUUGAAAUGAAACUAUGAAAACGGAUUAUAUCGCGUAUAUUGAAUUAAUAUACGCGAAUAAAUUCAAUAUACGCGAUAUAAUCCGAUUUUAUAGUUUUAUUUUAUAAGUAACUAUCGCGGUAACCGAAGACAAUGUUAUUAUACUUAUUUUUGUAACGUCGGAAUGUAUUAUAAAUUCAAAUACGCGAUAUAAUCCGUUUUCAUAGUUUUAUUUCAUAAGUAACUAUCGCGGUAACCGAACACAAUGUUAUUAUACUUAUUUUUGUAACGUCGGAAUGUAUUAUAAAUUCAAAUACGCGAUAUAAUCCGUUUUCAUAGUUUUAUUUGAUAAGUGACUAUCGCGCGGUAACCGAAGACAAUAUUAGAUUGUAAUUAAAAUUUAUUAAUUACAGGCAGCUAUAUUUAAAAAUAAUCCUUGUAAAAAUAAUCCAACGACAUUUUAUAAAACGAAUUAUAGCCUUUAUUAAACUCUAAAAUGUAAUAACGGACUGGUGAAAUAAAAAUAGUACAUUAUAAUCGCCCACACUAUUAACUACAUACAUGUAUGUACCUUAUGCCUUUUGUAAAAAGGUCCACAGAUGUACAGCUUGGAGUGUUGCUGUUUAUACUGAAGCCGGGAGAUAGGGAAUUGCCAAUCGAUAUAAACUGAACCUAUACAUAAAGCUUGACCAGUAAUAUAUGAUCAUUUCAAUUCAUUUAUUGAUUGUAAAGUCAUGUACAUACAUUUUAUAAUUAAGGUGUUACAUCAAUUCUGAAAGUCAGUCCAUGACGUCCUGUGAGGACAUACAACAAUAUAUUAGACCGUAAUCUAAGCUAAACAUUAUAAAAUAAAAUAAAUUAAUAAUCAUGCGAACUAACAAAUCUACAGUCUCCUAAAUUAGUAAUGCAUUAAAAUAUCUUACUUAUACUUGUCUCUGUCUUUUGUAUGUUAUAUUAUAUAUAGAUUUUGUUGUUUUUCUUGUUACCUGUCGUGAUUGUUUCACCGGAUGGUCUCACUGGAAGAUCAGCUCUGGAAGUCGCCAGCAACAUGCUGAGGUGAGACCAUUUCGUGGCACUUUUUCUUUUUAUUUAUGUUUCUCUGUUCUGUAUAACUUUCUAUUUGUGUGUGCUAACGAAUAAAUUAUUUCUAUUCUAUUCUAAUAUGUUAAAAUUAUUAUUAAAUAAAAUUAUGUCACUUAAAUUACAAAUUUUACACAUUUGAAAUUAAACGAUCAUUGCCAAGAGGGCGCUGUUCAUUCUCAUGUAUAGGGUGACAGUUCAGCAUAGUAUGAAAAAAAUUGUUCCAGUAAAAUUCCGCAACAUGGCGCAUGAUCAUAUAUUCCUGGUCAGGCUUUAUUUUAUUUUUGACAAACUAAUUUUUAGUAUGUAAUUAAAGCUGGUCAAGCAAAUAUUGUCAGUAGAAAAAGGCGCGAAAUUCAAAUUUUCUAUGGGAAAAUAUCUCUUCGCGCCUACCCUCUUUUUGCCGCCUUUUUCUACUGACAAGAUUUGCUUGACCAACUUUAAUUUAAUUUUCAAGAUUAAAUUGAAUGGGGGACUUCCGGUUCGAGCGCCAUCUUGAUAGUUAGCAUCGUGAUUAAUUACUUUGUUUUUUGCUCAUUAAUAUUGUUUAAAGUGUAAUAUCGAUAGCUUAUUAUACAGUAAACUAAUGUGGUAGUGUGCAGUGAAUGGAGAAUUAAUUUUGAAGCGCGUUUAACCACCAUCUUGGAGUCAACGGCCGGUAGUCCACGUGCUUCUUGUAAAGUCUAGCUAUCGAUUUACAAGAGCUAACAAAUCACCGUACACUGUCUUGUACAACCGUACAAUUUUUGUCGUUUUUAAACCUCUUAAUACCUUGAUACUGGCGAAAUAGUCCCACUGGGCUGAAGCUAUAAUUUUAAAAGAAGAAGAAGAAGAAUUGAAUGGGACUACUUAUUGCAAAAUAUUAAAAACAAAAAGUUAAAAUUUUACUCCUAAUGAUAUUUUGCUGUGUUAGGAUACUCGAAGGUGAUAUUAUAUUACAGUGUGCCUUAUUACGUAUUUGAAAUGAAAUGAAAUGAAAUGAAAUGCGUUUGAAAUGAAGACAUUAUUAUAGCUAAAUAUUUCUAUUUAUAUUAUUAUAUAGUAAUUCGGGCGAAACACAAACAAAUGUAUGAAUUGUAUGUUAUUUAAUAUUGUAUGAGAUUAAAAAUAUUGUUGAAGUACAAAACGUAAAUAAAACACAAUUUACUAGA